CUCCCCGGCUUCGGAAAUACGAAGCUGACCGAGGAGACGAGGAAGGAGGGAGGUGGAGACAAAAGAGAGGGACAGAGCCUUCCCUCGCUUGUGCUGCAAUCGGAUCCCUUUUCUUUUGAAGGAAAGAAGAAUGCAUCACUAAGUUUUUUCUCAAUCCCGUUUCAUCGGUGCAGAACAUAAUCCCCCUCCUCCCUCCCUCUCUCUCUUCAGGCUUCUUUGAUCGGAACCCUAAAGAAUUAACCACUUCUUUCCGGCGAUGGCAUCCUCUGUCGAUACUACCUCGUCCCCUCGCUCAGCACAGGAAAUCUCCAAUGUUUCCUCUGAUUUUACGCAAGGCUACGACGCCUUGGCUCUUUCCUCGCCGUUGGCCUCCCCGAUCGCUUCUAUGGUGAUACCAGAGCGAUAUCCGCGGAAGCCAUUCGUGCAAGCCCAGUCGCCACGCUGUUCAUCUGGUUCGGAUCAUGGCGGCAGUGGCAAUGCGGCCGACUUUUCUCCCAUCAGCCGAGGGAAGAAGCCAGCUUGGAACGUUCCAUCUAAUAGUGCGAUCGAGGUGGGGUCCGUCAUGGACACCACCUCUUGGCCUGCGCUCUCUGAAUCUGCCAGGGCUUCGCCAAAAUCGUCCUCUUCUGAUUCAGUCAAGGCCCUCUCCGACGGAUCAGUCUCGGCUCCGCCGGUUUCCUUGUCAUCAUCUCCCUCCUCAAGGCAAGCUGAGAAUUAUCAAAAGCUUAAUUCAACUCAGAAUUCUCUGUCUCCCCGCGAUAAGAACAUGAAGCGCGGAGCAGUUACUGGGGGUGGUAGCAGCGGAGUAUCUAAUGUUGGACUGGCCAUGCCAUCUUCCUUGCCAGUCUUAACAGAAGCUAGCCUGUCAGUGACGGGCAAACAACCCUCUUUGGAAAAUUCUCCAAGAGGCUUCCCAAACCAGAGCAACAACAGCAAUGAUAAGGAAAGGAAUCAUUACUCCAAGUCCGGUGGGUUUUCUUCUCAUUCCCAUGGGGGGUAUGAUCAUCAGCGGAACUACGGUGGGGGCAGAAGGGGAAGCAAUAGCCACCAUGGAAAUUAUGGUAACAGGCGCGAUGGGGAUCGUGGAGGUAAUGAAUGGAGUCAUCGGAAUAUUGGUAGAGGUGUCCACUUGCAACAGCUACAUCAACAGCGAGGUGUUGGGCCAUACCCAAGGGCUCCAUCUGUAGCAGCAGCACCCUUCGUUGCACCUCCUCCAUCUGUUAUACCUUUUUCCAAUCCUAUGGGAUUUCCAGAUUUUCAAUCUCCCAUUUACUAUGUUGCUGCACCCACGCAUCCCGAGUCCCUUAGAGGUGUCCCAUUCGCUUCUCAUCCAGCCCAUACUCCACAAGUAAUGUUAUUUCCUGCUGUUGACCCUCAGCGCGCUAUGUUGCUAAAACAAAUAGAUUAUUAUUUUAGCUUGGAAAACUUGUGCAAAGAUUUAUACUUGAGGCAGAAUAUGGAUGAACAAGGCUGGGUUCCAAUAUCCUUGAUAGCUGGCUUCAAUAGGGUGAAGCAACUGACCAACAAUAUGCAAUAUAUAAUAGACACCGUACAACUAUCCAAUGUUGUGGAGGUGCAGGGUGAUAAAAUAAGGAAACGUAAUGAUUGGAUGGCUUGGAUUCUGCACCCAACAGAUAAUUUGGUUUCUGCUUCUGACCAACCAUCUCCAGUUGCCAAUUUGGAUGGUCUGGAAGCUCACUUUGGUAAUGUUUACUUAGACUUGGAUGCUCCUAAAAAUGAGGCAGCUCUUGCAAGAUCUGCCUCCGUGAAACUAAAUAGUCAGAUUUCUGUAAGAAAUUCUGAGGAUGGCGAUGUUCAAGUAGGUACAUAUUCUGAUCGUAUCUGGAACAUGAGAACUCUACUUAGAAGUGACACAAUGUAAGUUGAAUUUUGAAAGUCUUAGAAUUGCUAGAUGAUAUUUCAUUCCUAUAUAUAGUCCAAAAACAUAGUCCAUCUGACUUGGCAAACUCCAACUUCUGAAUUCAUCCUUGGACACUGUACUUGGACAAAAUAUCAUUGCUCUUUGGAAUUAUGAAGGGGAUAUCUAUAGAGUAAGAGAGUUAUUUUGGGAUAUUACAAGGAAAAAUGAAAAAGAGCGAUGCUCUAGGUUGGGUAAAUCUGGUAAAAAAUAAGAGAGAUAGGAAGCUGUCUUUGCUGUGAGCUUGUAAAGACUAGCAUGGCUCAUGUUCCUGGAUGGUGGUGAAAUAUAUGCCUUUAUUCCUGUUUCUUUUGAUAGCUUGUUCAAUAUUUUGAGGAAGAAUCUAAGCUGAGCUGGUUGUCAUGUUCUUGAGUUUGGGGAAGGGAAAUAGAAUAAAGGGCAUGGGUCUGAGCUUUUAUUUAGGGAAUUUACUGCUUUUUUUUUAGAAGUGGAAAUUGACUCCAAUUUAUUAUUCAUAGAGAGAUUUAUUUUUCAUUCUAAGUUUGUAAUGGUAUAAAAUUCCCAAAUUAUGAUGUUGGUUUAACUUAAGUAUUUCAAAUUAAUUUUAUUGCAACUUACAUUUAGUCUGGA